AUGUCACAUAGUCUCGAAGCAAACAACCACAACAUCUUGGAAGAAGCUGUCAACGUAGCCAAAAGAGCGAGCUUCGACAGCAAUUCACUUAGUCACUUAGAAUCAUUAGCUAGUGAGAGAGCACAAUUGGUGCACAAGCAUAGAGAGUUGCACGACGAUGACGCUGAACAGGAUGUUACUAGCGUUCACUUGUAUGGCCAAAGAGCUCGUGGAUUAUCAAUUGGCCAUGACUAUGAACAUCGUAAAAGCGUCAGCUCAUAA